AUGGACGCUGCAACGCUGCAUUGCAUCAUUUGCCCGACACUUCCACAAUUCAGCGACGUGUCUCAUCUGUUGACCCAUGUUGCAUCGAAGGCCCAUUUGUCUCAUUAUUUCAACCUUCAAGUCCGCACUAUUCAAGAUCCUGCCGCUGCCGAGCUCCUAAACGAGUACAACGAAUGGUACAGUGGCAACGAUCUCGCGCAGCUACUUUCGGAUCGCAUGACCUCCAAAGACGAUCGAAAGAAGAAGCGAAAGUCCAAAGCGGAAAAGGGUGAAGCAAAGAUUCCGCAAAGAAAGAAGCCUCGACGUUCGUCGAAAUCUUCUCAAGCUGUGCCGGACUUCUUAGAUCCCCGCUUGAUGGUCCCGGGCCCUACCAAAGAACCACAAGCGAUAGAUGAGUCUUCUUGCCCUGUCACUCCUUCUGUUUUUACUGCAGAAGACCGUCCGUCGUCUCAAUUGCAAGCUGGAGCGACCUCAGCGACAUGUACAGCCGCCAGUGGGCCAGAUAACCAGCAUGGACAUACCCAUGGGCAAGGUAGCUUCCCUAUAACAACUAUCCCCAAAACACCACAGCCACAUCGGAAUAAACGCAUCGUCGGCGAAUUAUCUUUGGAUUUGAAGAAUGCUUCAGAGCCCUUGCUCGACAGCACUUUCCCCACGAACACUUCAGAUGAGUUUGAUUACAAGGUAGGGCCCGACGAAAUGGCCCGGUUGAAAGGUAUAAUUUGGCCUGGGAUGGACUUGUUUGACUCCGCCACGCAACAAAUGCGUCGCAAGAGAAACCAGAAGAAAGACUGUGAAGUCUUGAAGAAGAUGGAACAGUCCUCCUUGCAGAUUGAGCCUACAGAAUUUGUUUUUCUCUCCCACUGGGAGCGGCUGAUCGACGGCAAUGCGGACAAUGACAGCCCUUUGAAAGGCGAGACGCCAAUUCCGAAGUCCCGUACUCAUCCAAAGAAAAAUGCUCUCCAGAAAAGCUUGGACCCGAACAUCAUGUGGCCUCAGGAUAGGAAGGGCUCCAAAGGAGUCACAACACGCAGCCGGAAGCAUAGCGCGACAUCUGAUGCUACACAUAACGGAUGUUCUUUACCCACUGGAGGCUUGACUGGGCUCCAGCGGCCACUCGUGGAGAACAAUGACUUUGCUCUUUCAGUCCAAGCAUUUGGAAAACGUCCUCGUCAGGCAUUCAGUGUCUUUACUGAUGAGAGCGCAAGCAUUCCACCGAGCUUGGCAAACCAAGCUCUCUUGUCAAAGAUUCAGAGGGAUACCCUAACUUUGACACCGGCUCGUCUUGUAUUGGACAGGGCCUCGGAUGACAAUGAGCAGGCCAGAAAGACCGACCAGGAAGGAGUAGAUAAAGAAAACAUGGAGCCUAUUCUCAAUUCUCAGGGCCGAAUUGACUACCCUUGGAGUUCUCCCUCGCCCAGAAGGCUGCAACAAGCAAUCCCAUACUACUAUGACGAGCUUCCUGGCAUCGGGUACCGAGCUUCAAACCCGCUCUUGGCGCCUGGGCAUAAAAUGGAUUCUUAUGAAUGCAAUCCCUAUGGCGAAGCCACCUUGGUAGCCAACAAUGAAUGGGCCGUGACUCCGACAGCACUUUCGUCCGAGGCUACUCUUCCUGACGAGGAGCGCCAGCAACAUGACCUAGCCCUGUAUUUGGUAGGUGAGUGA